AUGCCCAAAGCCGUCCAGAUAUACGAGAUCGGAGGCACCGAGGUGCUGAAACUGGAGGAGGUCGACCUGCCGAAGAAGGGAGCGAGCGAGGUGCUCAUCAAGACACGCAGCAUCGGCGUGAACCCCGUGGACAUUCGUAUCCUGGGCGGCGAUGUGGCGGGAGUUGUGGAGGAGGGCGAUGAGGCCGGCAAGUUCAAGCCGGGUGACAAGGUGUUUGCGUUGACCCCAGGGUACUACAACUCCACAGCUGCCGGCACAUAUGCUGAGUAUGUGGUGGCUGACCCCGCCUGGCUGGCCAAGGUGCCCGACAACCUGCCCCUGGAGGAGGCGGCGGGCCUGCCCCUCGCCGCACUGACCGGCUGGCAGGCGCUGCAGAAGGCCAACCCCAAGGCGGGGCAGCGCGUGCUGGUGACGGCGGCAUCCGGCGGCGUGGGGCACAUCGUGGUGCAGGUUGCCAAGGCGCUUGGGCUGUUUGUGGUGGGCAUCGCUGGCCCCAAGAACCUCGACUUUGUCAAGAGCCUCGGCGCAGAUGAGGUGGUGGACUACACCACCCAGGACGUCGCUGACCUGUACAGCGCUCCCGACAAGCAGUUUGACAUCGCCAUCGACUGCAUGGGCACCCGCAGCCAGCUGCUGCAGAAGCUGCUGUCCGUCACCAAGCCCACCGGCUUCUUCUCACACAUCCACAAUGCCGGCACCGACAACGAGGUCCUUGAUGCCGCCAAGGCGGCGCACGCGGCCGGCAAGGGGCCGGCCGUGGCCGCCACGCUCGUGCAGCCCAACGGCGCGCAGCUGCAGGAGAUUGCUGACCUGGUUGCCGCUGGCAAGGUGAAGCUGGAGGUGGCACUCAGCCUGCCCCUGGAGGACGCCGCCAAGGCACACGAUCAGGUGGCCACUGGGCACACGCGCGGCAAGGUGGUCCUGACGGUCUGA